GCGGCCGGGCCGCCCGGGCCUUGUGCUGCGCUAUGGAUCAGCCGGGCUAUGUGAGAAGUGCCUGUGCCCAGGGUACCAGAGAGGGGCCGAGCAAGGGCGGCGCGCCGCAGAAAAACGCCUACGCGCGGCUUGUUCAGAGGCACCACAGCGGCCGCUUCCGCUCCUACCUCAACCACAUCGCCCAGAAGAUGCAGCUGGAAGAAACYGCCCCCGGUGACCCCAGCUCGGAUCCGGAUCCCUCCCCGAAGAGAGGYCCCGGGAAAGAGGGCGUAGCGAGGAACGGCUUGAACGUGCACGGCUAUUCGCCGGUGAGAACGUCUCACCUGGAGCACCCGCUGCCUGCGGGGUUUGAGAAACUGAGUGAAGAGAAAGGCCAAACCGCUCCGAGAAGAUGUCACCGUAAAAAAGAUGCCGGUUUUAACCCGGAAGAUGACCUGGAGGUGGAGGAAGGCUGCUACCUAAACCAGCACGGAGCUGCAGCUGAUGUGUUAAAUACGAGCGAUGCCCCGGGUGGGAGAGUAUCGAACAGCCUGAGACACAGUGCAGCCCUCCAGAAGUCUUCUGGCUCUGAAGAGAGGGAUGAGGAGGACACGUGGAGGAAGAAACAAAAGAAACGAGGCAGRUGUCCUGCCAGCACAGACACAGCAGCUGGACACUUGUUGACUGAGCAGUUUAGUGGGGAUCUGCUGGCAGCAAAUGCCAGGAAAACGAGUCACUUGUCUGCAGGUCCAAUCCAAGGUGCAGAAAAGAGAGGGUUUGCAAGGACCAGAAACAACUCGGAAUCCGCCAGAGCUCCCCAGCACUUCGAUAGGAAGAGACAGCUCUCUGAGUCGCAGGCAGAGACAAUGAGCAAUUCAGACAGCAGAAUAAAUCCUAGACAACUGGGAACUCCCCGAGGAGGAGCCUAUGGUGGUGCCCUGACACCAGGUGAUAGAAAGAAUCGAAAUAAACCCACUCGAGGGCGGAAGAAGAGUAUAUUUGAAGCCUACAUGUCAAAGGAAGACGUUUCAGCAGGACUGAAAAGGAGAGAGUUGAUUCAGGGGCCCUUGAGAAUAAAUCCUAAGAGAUACCAUGAAGCCUUCAUUCCAUCCCCAGACGGGCAUCGCGAUAUCUUUAUUGAUGGAGUGGUAGCUCGCAACAGAGCCCUGAAUGGUGAUAUUGUGGUAGUGAAGCUGYUGCCCAAGGAGCAAUGGAAGGUAAUAAAGCCAGAUGGUAGUGACAAAGAAACAGAAGCCACACAUGAAUCAGAUGUCCCUGAGGAUGUGCUGGGGACUUGCCUUCCUCGAGAGACCGUGAAAGGCGAUGCUGAAAGUCCAGAUGUCAUUAUAGAAGCUCAGUUUGAUGAUAAUGAUGCAGAGCAUGGACAAGACCACUUGCAGGAUCUGCUGGCUGAAGACACUAAGAAACUUUCCCUGGAUCCUGAUGAAAAGGCGAGGGCUGUCGGGACUGGCGGCGUGCACACAACAAAGCAAGACGAUGUGCCCAAAGUGAACGAUCCCAAGCUCCUUCCAGAUAAGUUUCUGCAAAGGACAGCUAAGGUGGUCUAUAUUUUGGAGAAGAAACAUUCCCGAGCAGCUACAGGCUUCAUCAAGCUUCUGGCAGACAAGAACAGUGACCUCUUCAAGAAGUGUGCCAUGUUCUCGCCUGUGGACCAUAGAGUGCCCAGGGCCUAUGUGUCUUUGGCUGAUUGCCCUUCAGACUUUCCAUCCAGACCUGAGGACUACUCAAAUACGCUCUUCAUCUGUCGCAUAGUAGACUGGAAAGAAGACAGCAACUUUGCAACAGGGCAGAUGRCCAAAUCUCUUGGACAGGCAGGGGAGAUUGAGCCGGAAACAGAAGGGAUCCUGACAGAAUAUGGUGUGGAUUUCUCUGACUUUUCCUCUGAAGUCCUGGAAUGUCUUCCCCAGAACCUGCCCUGGGUUAUCUCAUCGGGAGAGCUGGCCAAGAGAAGAGAUUUGAGGAAAGAAUGUAUCUUCACCAUCGACCCAUCAACUGCCAAAGAUCUUGAUGAUGCUUUGUCCUGUAAACAACUCCCUGACGGGAACUUUGAGGUGGGCGUUCACAUCGCGGACGUGAGCUACUUUGUCAAGGAAGAAACAGCACUGGACAAAAUGGCCAGCGAACGGGCAACCAGUGUCUAUCUAGUGCAGAAGGUGAUCCCGAUGCUUCCCAAGCUGCUCUGUGAGGAGUUGUGCAGUCUCAAUCCCAUGCGAGAUAGGCUGACGUUCUCAGUGAUAUGGAAGGUGACUCCAGAAGGCAAGAUCCUUGAUGAGUGGUUUGGCCGGACAGUCAUCUGCUCCUGUGCGAAGCUCAGCUACGACCACGCGCAGAGUAUGAUUGAAAGCCCUGGGAAGGUCUUCUCGCCUCAAGAGCUGCCUCCUGUUUCCCCUCAGCAUUCAAUAGAUGAGAUCCAACAAGCCGUGCUCAGUUUGCACCGAAUCGCCAAGCACCUCCGCAAGCAACGUUUCAUUGACGGGGCUCUGCGCUUAGACCAGCUGAAGCUCUCGUUUACAUUGGACCAGGAGAGUGGGAUGCCUCAAGGCUGUUAUAUCUAUCAGUACCGGGACAGCAACAAGCUGGUGGAAGAGUUCAUGCUGCUCGCCAACAUGGCCGUGGCCCAUCAGAUCUACCGCUGCUUCCCCGAGCAAGCGCUGCUGCGCCGCCACCCGCCGCCCCACACCAAGCUGCUCAACGACCUCAUGGAGUUCUGCGACCAAGUGGGCCUCGACAUCGACUUCAGCAGCGCCGGGGCCCUGCACAAAAGCUUAAAUGAAACGUUUGGUGCUGACAAAUACUCCGAAGCCAGGAAAGAAGUGCUGACCAACAUGUUCUCCAGGCCCAUGCAGAUGGCUCUGUACUUCUGCACCGGAGUCCUGGAGGACGAGACCCUCUUCCGCCACUAUGCCCUCAACGUGCCCUUCUACACACACUUCACGUCGCCCAUCCGCCGCUACGCGGACAUCGUCGUGCACCGGCUGCUCUCGGCCUCGCUCGGCACCAGUGCUCCCAUCAAGAUGGAGAAGGAGGCCAUCCAGCUGCAGGCAGACCACUGCAACGACCGCAAGAUGGCUUCCAAGAGGGUGCAGGAGCUCAGCGCUGACCUCUUCUUCGCCGUCUUUGUCAGGGAGUGUGGUCCUCUGGAGUCGGAGGCCAUGGUAAUGGGUGUCCUGAACGAGGCCUUUGAUGUCCUGGUGCUGAAGUUUGGAGUGCAGAAGCGCAUUUACUGCAACGCGCUGCCCUUGGUGGGCUUCCAGUUCCAGAAGGUGGGGAGGAAGCCGGAGCUGACGCUCCUGUGGGAGCCCGAGAGGCCGGAGCAGGAGGCUGUGUCCCAGGUGAUCACCAUUUUCACGCUGGUGGAGGUCGUGCUGAAGUCGGAGGGUGCCCCGCUGAAGUACAGCGCCGUGAUGAAGAGACCGGGCUCGGAGAAGUGAGCGCGUCUGCCCCCGACCAGCUCCACUAGCAGUUUUGUCACCGGCCGCACAGACACCCACGGGGGACGGAGAGGACUGACAAGGGGCUCAGGGUUUUGGUUUUUAACCCCAAGGUAUUUUAUUUCUGCUUUGGAUUUUAACGUGGCCUGUCGGACUGGGAGCAGGGCUCAGGACCUGCACCUGCCCCCGGACAGAGCCUUUCCGCUCUCCGAUACUUUUAGCUUUAUGUUUUGGGGAUUUUUUUUUAAGGCAGU